ACCUUUAAUUUCCAGAAAUAUUUUUUUUUAGAUGAACCCAUCAAAUUCACUACCUCAGACGUCACCUCCAUCUGAUGGAGUGGACGCGUCACCCCUCCUGACAUAUUCCAUAUCUGACCACCUCCUCCGCAGCCGCCGCCUCCUCCGUCGUCGACCUCCGCCUUUACGUGGCGUCGCCGCUAGACUCCUCCGACGCGCCAGCAGUCGUCGUCUGAUGCUACGCGAGCCGUCGGUUCGUGUGCGAGAAACCGCUGCGGAGCAACUCGAAGAUCGUCAAAGCGAUUGGUCGUACUCGAAGCCCGUCAUAAUCCUCGACAUUAUCUGGAACUUGACGUUUGUAGUUAUGGCGGUUGUCGUUUUGGGACUCAGCCAUGAAGAAGAGCCAACCGUCCCAUUAAGGCUCUGGGUUUCGGGUUACGGGUUACAGUAUUUAUUUCGCGUUGCUUGCGUGAUUGUACAAUAUAAAAUAAGAAACGAACGAAGGUUUCCGGGUUUGCAGAAUAACGAGGAUUCGGAUUCGGGUUUGAAUUCUAAGUCCGGGAGUGAAACAGAGGAUUCCGAUGAUCAUGAAACAGAGGAGCUGAACAGUGGAGAUGAAAACAGAGUAGCCAAAAGCUUGGAGUCUGCAAAUACAAUGUUUUCAUUUCUUUGGUGGAUAAUUGGAUUCUAUUGGGUAACUGCUAAAGGACAAGCUUUGAUUCAUCAGUCCCUUCAGCUUUACUGGCUUUGUGUUACAUUUCUUGUAUUAGAUGUCCUGUUUUUGUUCAUCUGUGUUGCUGUUGCCUGCCUUAUUGGUCUUGCUGUAUGCUGCCGUCUUCCUUGCAUCAUUGCAAUUUUGUAUACUCUCACAGACCGGCAGGAUGGAGCAACAGAUGAAGAAAUCGAUAGAUUGCCAAAGUACAAGUUCCAAAGGAUCAGAGAUCUCGAAAAAGUUUAUUCUGAAACUCCAGAAUCUCAUGAGGGAAUAAUGACUGAAUGCAACACUGAUACACCUUCUGGACGGAUUCUUCCACACGAAGAUGCUGAAUGCUGCAUCUGCCUUUCCGCUUACGAAGACAGGAACGAAUUGCGGGAGCUUCCGUGCCAUCACCAUUUCCACUGCAACUGUAUAGACAAGUGGUUGUACAUCAAUGCUACAUGUCCUCUCUGCAAGUCCAACAUAUUACAGACCAGUGAAGAAGUUUAGAAAACCCCUAAAUCGGAGUAGUAAAUAGUAACAGUGCUUCUUUGCAAAUACCCUGGCUGUAUGUAAAUGU